UGAGGAGAGCCUGGAGCGCGCUUCCGGGGCACCGCUCCUUCUUCGGAGUUAGGGGAGAUACAUAGGCUUUUGCGCACUGCCUGGAGAACGUUCCCGGGCAAGGUUGGAGCAGCGAACAGGCAGGAGAGCGGCAGUCAGGCAGAGUUCGCACCUGCCGCCUGUGCUGCCGUCAGGGCGAUAGGGCUGCUGCCCUCUGGGGCAUGCGUGCCUCCUGAGGGGCGUGAGGGCCACAGGCUGAGGCGCCUGCCUCCCAAGGUGCACCAUUUGGCCAAGACGAGGUGGGGCUGGAGCAAGGCUGUUCCGAAGCAAAGUCUCGAAGAAGGAAGAGGCUGGGAGGCAGGAGACUUAGGAGACUCUGGCCACGGAGCCAAGAGGAGGCACCUGCCAUUCUAGCGAUUUAGGAACCCUCUUUAACCUCUCCCUGGCCAGCUCCCCCUAAAGUCCACAGAAGCUCUGCUGAACUCUAGAAAUCUUCCCUGGGCGGGGAUAAGUUUUCUAGCAUCCUCUUUGGCUACGACAGGGAGUGGAGAAAACGGGCGGGGCUGCCCUGUUCGCUGCUCUGGAAGACAUCGUCUUCCCCACACCUCCUCCAGCCCCCUCGCCUUUGGGCAGCCUCCCUUGUCACCCGGGAAGCUCGAGUCCGCUCUCUCUGGAGCCCAGCUCUCCAUCUCGCCCUGGACCGUGAUGAACCCAGACAUGGAACUGCACGCUUGAGCCCUGCUGGACGUCUCCAGAAGUUUUGCAAGACUCAGACAGCUGCCAAGGAAAGUGAACAAUGAAGCCACCAUUUCUUUUGGCCCUUGUGGUCUGUUCUGUAGUCAGCACAAAUUUGAAGAUGGUGUCAAAGAGAAAUUCUGUGGAUGGCUGCAUUGACUGGUCAGUGGAUCUCAAGACAUACAUGGCUUUGGCAGGUGAACCAGUCCGAGUGAAAUGUGCCCUUUUCUACAGUUACAUUCGUACCAACUAUAGCAUGGCCCAGAGCACUGGGCUCAGGCUGAUGUGGUACAAAAACAAAGGUGAUUUGGAAGAGCCCAUCAUCUUUUCAGAGGUCAGGAUGAGCAAAGAGGAAGAUUCAAUAUGGUUUCACUCAGCUGAGGCACAAGACAGUGGAUUCUACACUUGUGUUUUAAGAAACUCGACAUAUUGCAUGAAGGUGUCAAUGUCCUUGACUGUUGCAGAGAAUGAAUCAGGUCUGUGCUACAAUAGCAGGAUCCGCUAUUUGGAAAAAUCUGAAGUCACUAAAAGAAAGGAGAUAUCCUGCCCAGACAUGGAUGACUUUAAAAAGUCCGAUCAGGAGCCUGAUAUUGUGUGGUACAAGGAAUGCAAACCAAAAAUGUGGAGAAGCAUCAUAAUACAGAAAGGAAAUGCCCUUCUAAUCCAGGAAGUUCAAGAAGAAGAUGGAGGAAAUUACACUUGUGAGCUUAAGUAUGAAGGAAAACUUGUAAGAAGAACAACUGAAUUGAAAGUUACAGCUUUACUCACAGACAAACCUCCCAAGCCAUUGUUCCCCAUGGAGAAUCAGCCAAGUGUUAUAGAUGUCCAGCUGGGUAAGCCUCUGAACAUCCCUUGCAAAGCAUUCUUUGGAUUCAGUGGAGAGUCCGGACCAAUGAUCUACUGGAUGAAAGGGGAGAAGUUUAUUGAGGAACUGGCAGGUCACAUUAGAGAAGGUGAAAUAAGGCUCCUCAAAGAGCAUCUUGGAGAAAAAGAAGUUGAGUUGGCACUCAUCUUUGAUUCAGUGGUGGAGGCUGACCUGGCAAAUUAUACCUGCCAUGUGGAAAACCGAAAUGGACGAAAACAUGCAAGUGUUCUGCUGCGUAAAAAGGAUUUAAUCUACAAAAUUGAACUUGCAGGAGGCCUGGGAGCAAUCUUCCUCCUCCUUGUACUGCUCGUGGUCAUCUACAAAUGCUACAAUAUUGAAUUGAUGCUCUUCUACCGACAGCAUUUUGGAGGUGAUGAAACUGCAGAUGACAACAAGGAAUAUGAUGCCUAUCUCUCUUACACAAAAGUGGACCAAGAUACUUUGGAAUGUGACAACCCUGAAGAAGAGCAGUUUGCUCUUGAAAUACUGCCAGAUGUGCUAGAAAAACACUACGGAUAUAAACUCUUCAUCCCAGAAAGAGACCUAAUUCCAAGUGGAACCUACAUUGAAGAUCUCACAAGAUGUGUUGAGCAAAGCAGAAGACUUAUUAUCGUGCUAACUCCAGACUAUAUUCUCAGACGAGGAUGGAGUGUUUUCGAAUUGGAAAGCAGACUCCAUAACAUGCUAGUCAGUGGAGAAAUCAAAGUGAUUUUGAUUGAAUGUACAGAAUUAAAGGGGAAGGUGAAAUGCCAGGAAGUGGAGUCACUAAAGCGCAGCAUCAAACUUCUGUCCUUGAUCAAGUGGAAGGGACCCAAGAGCAGCAAAUUAAAUUCUAAGUUUUGGAAGCACUUAGUAUAUGAAAUGCCCAUCAGGAAAAAAGAAAUGCUUUCUCAGUGUCAUGUUCUGGACUCCGCAGAACAAGGACUUUUUGGAGAACUCCAGCCUAUACCAUCUAUUGCCAUGACCAGUACCUCAGCCUCUCUGGUGUCAUCUCAAGCUGAUCUCCCAGAUUUCCACCAUUCAGAUUCGAUGCAAAUGAGGCACUGUUGCAGAGGUUAUAAACACGAGAUGCCAACCACCACUUUGCCAGUACCUUCCUUAGGCAACCACCACACUUAUUGUAACCUGCCUCCGACACUACUCAAUGGACAGCUGCCCCUUAAUAAUGCCCUGAAAGAUACCCAGGAAUUUCAUAGGAACAGUUCCCUGCUACCUUUAUCAUCCAAAGAGCUUAGCUUCACCAGUGAUAUUUGGUAGCGGAAAAUCUGAAGUCCUCUGAACAGCUAUGUGAGCAUACAAAAUUUCUGCUAUACCAAGCAAAAAGUACACCUAAUAACAUUGAGGUGCUGAAAAGGUGUUCAAAGAAAAAGGCACAGAAAUCACUUUUGUAUCUAAUUUUUUUGUUUACAUUUCCAGAAUAG